UAGCUUCCUUCGCUUGUGGCUCAGUUAGGCAUCUUUUAGGUAUCUUGGCCAUGGUUGGCCACUGUCUCCACGUACAUAGUAUAUGAUCUUGAAUACAUUGCCUUAGGUACGUAGCAGUAGGAGUUGGGCCUAGACAGUAGCGCAUCCAGGACUUGGGCCGUAAAUAAUACCUGAUGAUGCAUAUAUCUUACCCAGCUCUUCCCCAGCUGGCUGGGGUUAUAGGUAAAAUGACGGCAAUGGUUUUAGCAUUAGGAGACCUACGAGUAUAAUCUACCCGUUGCGGUGCAAGUUGACGACUAUCUAUCUAUUCACUCUCCGCUGCUAAGCUUCAUCUUCAUCACAAUGGCUCAUAUGCACAUUUCUAUGACGAGCAGCCCGUUAAAGGGGUUUAUCCAUCCAUUCCUUUCGUAUUUCUUCUACCUUCAUAACCUUGUAUUACGGAUAAACGGUCAGAAGCAGACCCAGAUAGUUACGAAAACCUCAUACCCGACGACUGCAGCGUUCCGGAGGGUAGACUCAGAAGCUCAUCUUGACCUGGAUUACCAUGCACGGUACUGGUGGAAAUCCUCGGGGUACGCACUGGCUGUUCUGCUCGACAAGGCGGGAUACUCUAGCCAUGCGCAAUAUGACAUAUUAAAAUUCGUUAAGGCGAUUACACCCAGCCUAGGCGCCGCUUACACACCCGGAAGGCAGCGAUGGAAGAGCUUCAUGACAGAUGAUCACAACCCCAUAGAGUUAAGCUGGGACUGGCGUACGGGUGGUAAAUCGCCCAAGAUACGAUUUUCCAUCGAACCCGUCGGAGUUCACGCGGGGACUUAUCUCGAUCCCAAUAACCAGUACGCAGCCUCUAGGCUCCUAGACUCGAUGCUGCAGCUACUCCCUGAAGCAAACAUGGAGUGGCUUGCUCACUUCCGGCUAAGGCUAAGCGGCGAGGAGGCAACGGGUUCAGUAGAAGGUCACCAGUCCAAGGAGUUUUACGCCUUUGACUUGGGAGAGGAGGGCGUGAUAAGUAAAGCAUACUUCUUCCCCGGAUUCAAGGCGAGGGCAACACGGCGGUCCAACUUUGAUGUCAUAUCCGACACGAUCCGGACGGCGCCUGGCAGCUCACCGGAGAAGCUUCAAGCUCUAGAGGUGUUCCAAGAGUACGUCUGUGAUCCGUCGAGUCCGCAGCUAGAAAUGGACAUGCUAGCCAUAGAUCUCAUCGAUCCAGCCGAGUCCCGCUUCAAGAUCUACUUUCGAAUCCGCGAUACCAGCUUUGCCUCGGUUAGGGCUGCUAUGACUUUGGGGGGUCGUGUUCGGAUACCGGACAUGGAGCGAGGCCUAGAGGAUCUACGGUCGAUAUACCACGCAUUAUUGGGCAAGGGUACGAAUCAAGAUGCUGAUGACGUACAACUCCCCGCUAAGGAUCAUCGAACUGCUGGCAUCCUCUACAAUGUGGAGUUCAAGUACGGAAGCAAAAGCCCCAAGGUCAAGGCUUACUUGCCUGUCCGGCAUUACGCACGAAGUGAAGAAGCCGUCAUGUCGGCGGUUGAUGUGCAUCUGCGUCAGCGAGGAGCCAGCCCCCUGUCUAGAGUAAACAUGGUUAACUACAGGAGUGCUAUGGGGACAAUCUUCUCGCGAGAAGCGUUAAGGGCGCGCAGCGGACUACACACCUACAUCGGAUGUUCGGUAGAGGCAGGUGGCGAGCUACGCCUUGUUUCGUACAUUAAUCCUCGCCAAUUGAAGUUUGCCCAUGCGCCCGAGGAGAUCUAAGCUGCAUGGAUAGCGAGAUUGAGUUGCCCAAUUACACUAUGAGAAUUGGGUUGUUCUAUUUUCGUUAUCCUUGCAAGGUCUCCAUUACCUAUCCAUUCUCUAGUGUAGUGUAUUCUCCAUCCUUCAUUCUCCCUUCUCCAUCAGGUACAGGGGUAACAGGGGUAACAGGGGGCUGACGAUGGGAUUCAACGGCUGAUCCAUCCCUGCAUCCUGCAUACAUACACUACACUAAAACGACCAAAGACAUCCAUCCCCUGAGCUCUCAGCCCUAUGGGUUGCCAUCUGCCGUGUCACCUUCUCUACCUGGUCUUACUAUGCAUAUGGUAACCUUCUCCAACCUCGCUCCGGGGCCUAGGCCUUUUCACGUGGGCUGACAUGGGGGCUCGUAAACUAUUCCCACAUCGGUAGUCCCCGCUCGUGAGUUGGUACCAACAAUAGCAUACAUCCUGUUUUUUUUUUUUCUUAGUUCCGGGCAAGGCAAGGCGUAACGGGUUUAGCUACGGGCUUAGCUUCCAUGAUUCCCCAUGUAGAUAUCUACUUUUAUAUCGUGUUUUGGAUUGAGGAAGGUUACAAUAUAC